UCCAGUGGGUGAGGUGGUCAUGGCUGGACUAAACAUUGCCUGAACUGAGACUGAAAGAGAAAGAUGCCUCUGAGGGCAGAAAACAGGGCCAGCCUUAGCAGACCGUCCCCUGCGUGCGCUCUGCUUCUGCUCCCCCAGGCUCUUCACACUGGUUAAGGACACACGUGGCCCUGGGUGGCAGGACCUCAAGGCAUAUACUACGUUCCUCUGUAGACUUUUUUCUUUGAAGAGGGUGUCAGUGGGUACUUUGGUCAGUUCAUUUAACUAAAACUUCUCCAUUCCAUUUACCCAACUGCUUUUCAAGGGUAGCUAUUGUUACCUCUGUGUGCAACCUUCUGGACGUUUUCUCUGCCUGUUGAAGUCUGUACUCAACGUUUGUGUAUAUGCAUCUAAAAAAAGAAUUUUGAUCUUUAAAGACCAACAUUCCUGAGCCUUCCUGUGCUCAGGACCCUGAGCUCUGCGAGGCCCAGGAACACAGAGGCCGUGAGGAGGGCGGCUCAGCUGUCUGUCUGCAGUGCAGGUUCCUGAUGGACCUGAGGGGUUUGCAACCAGAGCCUCACCACGCUGACUCCCACCACAGGGGAGGGGUGGCAGGGCUGUGUGGCCUCUGUGCCUGCCGUGGGGGGCAUGUGGGGAGGGCUUCACAAGUCAGUUUCCUGAACCUCUCAGACCAGAGCUGGGCUUUGGCUCUGCCCUGAGUCACCUCUGUUGUUUUCAGGGUGAUCUUCGGGUGACUUGGUUCUGCUCUGUCACAGCCACCCUGCCUGGGUGCCCUGGCUCAGCCAGGUGUCUGGGUGGGGACAGGUGCCUAUCCUCCCCCAGCCCUCAGUGAAGGCAGCUGAGUCCCGUAGAAGCACCAGGGCUUGGGGCAGAAUUGGAGGCAACAUCCUGGGUCCCCUUCCUGGGGCCUCCCUUAGCUCCCUGCCCAGGCCAGCGAAAGGCCCCGGCCUGCAUUCCUGUCCCACCUCCAGCUUCCACUGACCACGUGACCUGGAGCAGUCUUUUCUCCUGUCUGUCCCUGCCUCUCUGGCUCAUCGCUGUGGGAUGUGGGAGGUGUCCAGGGGCUGGGGGUGCGGUGUCUGAUACGCACCUGUGGCUCAUCCGGUCACCUAAUGGGCCUGGAGUACUUGUGUGCAUGUGUGGAUGGAGAGAGCGUGUCACCCCAGCACCUUUGAAGGCCGAACACACAUGUCCCUGUCUUCGCUACUCUAAGCUCUCCUUACAGCUUGCGGUGGGGCUGGGUCUGCCCUCUGCACAGGGGGUUGUGUGCUGGGUGCCAAGCAGUGUGACCCCCGGGGCCAGCAGUGCUCAGGUCUGUGCCCCUGGCUCCUGACUCAGUGGGAAGGGAUUGUCUCCUCUGGCAGCAGUGGGCCUGCCUUGACUUGUGGGGGAUUGCUCUUCCCCGCGAGCGGGGUGCUUUGGGCCUGCUGCCACUGCCCUUGCUGCUGUCUGUCUCCAACUGGGGCUCAACCUCCUUGCUCCCUGAGCUGUCUCUGCCAUCGGUUCCCAGAGCUCCUGUGUGGCACUUGGGGCUGAGUGUAAUAACAAAGAAACUCAGUUCCGGUGGGAGGAGGCAGGUGAGCAGGACCCAGAAGAGCGUCAGGGAAGCCUACGAGAAGGGAAGAGGAGAAGGAAGAGGACGCAGUGUGAGAGGCUGGAAGAGCCUCUUUGAAGUGGUAUCUGAAAGCCAUCCAGGGGCAAACAGACCCCCACCCCUGCCCCAUGGGGACAGGGGUGGACAGGGCAGAGGAGGAGGCUGGGCAGGGAGGGGGUCUUAUAUUCUCUGAUGAGAGUAAGUCUGUGGGCUUUGUUCUCAAGGCAGCAGGAUUCCCAGGUCUGAACAGGUCACCCAGACCGCUGUGUGGAGGGCAUUUCAGGGGGGCCAGAGGAGCACCCAGAGGCCAGGAGAGUGAGGGUGGAGGCCAGAGCCGCACCAGGACCCCAGGCGAAGCUGGGAGGGCUCGGAGAGCAGGCAUGCAGAGGCUGCCUGCACCCCGGGACCUGAGACCCCCAGGCCCUCACUGGUCGGCCAGACGUCAGAGCCUGGGUGGGUGUCUUGAGGGGCCCACGUGGCUCCAGAACAGGAACAAGGUGUACAGAGGCACCCUCGCUGGCCUCCAGGAGGGUCUGUGGGUCAACUGGUCCCCGGAACCAGACCAGCUCAGCCUUGGCGUCUGGCCCCUGGGCCAAGAUCAGGCCCUCAAGGCUUGGAGUCCGUUCUGUGAGGACUGAGAGCCACAUGCAGAGGGCCAAGGCCCAACUGAAUGUUUUCCUGCCGCAGCCUGAGACCACAGGGCUCGCUCGUCAGGGUCCUGUGAUGGGGGUUGAGAGCACACCCUUGCACGGACAAGGGGGCCACGGCCUGAGACAGGUGUGCAGGCCCUGCCACGGCCAUCGGCUCCCCUGGAGCCCAGCUGCUGCCACGGGGAGACUAGGUGCCUUCAUUAGCGACUCAGAUUCCGACCCCGAGUAUGCAUCUCUGCCGUCAUCCAUCCCCAGCGCUGUGCCUGUGACCGGGGAGUCCUUCUGCGACUGUGACAGUCAGAGUGAGGCCUUCUGCGGCAGCCUGCACGCUGCCCACCGGGGCAGGGACUGCCGCUGCGGGGAGGAGGACGAGUAUUUUGACUGGGUCUGGGAUGACCUGAAUAAGUCCUCAGCCACCCUGCUGAGCUGUGACAACCGGAAGGUCAACUUCCACAUGGAGUACAGCUGUGGCACAGCGGCCAUCCGGGGCACCAAGGAGCUGGGGGAGGGCCAGCACUUCUGGGAGAUCAAGAUGACCUCGCCUGUCUACGGCACUGACAUGAUGGUGGGCAUCGGGACAUCGGACGUGGACCUGGACAAGUACCACCACACGUUCUGCAGCCUGCUCGGCCGGGACGAGGACAGCUGGGGCCUCUCCUACACGGGCCUCCUCCACCACAAGGGCGACAAGACGAGCUUCUCCUCCCGGUUCGGCCAGGGCUCCAUCAUUGGCGUGCACCUGGACACCUGGCAUGGGACGCUGACCUUUUUUAAGAACAGGAAGUGCAUAGGUGAGGGCGUGACUUUGACAUGUGCCCGCAGAGUGUGGCUGCCACUGAGCUCCUGGAGUGGCAGCCACCAAGCUGCAGAACAAGAGGUUCUACCCGAUGGUGUGCUCCACGGCGGCCAAGAGCAGCAUGAAGGUGAUCCGCUCCUGUGCCAGCAUCACCUCCCUGCAGUACCUGUGCUGCUACCGCCUGCGCCAGCUGCGGCCCGACUCUGGGGACACGCUCGAGGGCCUGCCCCUGCCACCCGGCCUCAAGCAGGUGCUGCACCACAAGCUGGGCUGGGUCCUGAGCAUGAGCUGCGGCCACCGCAAGCCCCCCGCGCCCUCGCCCACAGCCAAUCCCAGCAGCCCCGAGACCCGGCGCUGCCAGAGGAAGCGCUGCCGAAGGACCUAGCUUGUUUCCCAGUGAAAACUGCCUUCUACAGCUGGGAUGGCGUUUUCUGUUUCUCCCUUUGGACCACCCUCCAGGGCAACAGGAGAGGGAGGACUGAACCAAGGUUUGUCUCGGCUGCCCCCCUGCCACCCGGCUGGGAGAGGCCUUGCUACAGGGGCUCCGGGGCCGUUAUCCCUGUGAUCCGGAGACCCGGACUUCCUAGUCUGUCUGCUUCCUGUGCCGGGUGUGGGAGCAGCCACUUUCCUUCUCAGAGUCUCUGGGGAGCUGCUGCCCCAGCAUGUCUAGACUCGGGCUGCAGGCCUGGGAGACUCGUCUGCUGCCUGUGAGGAGGAUGGCUUUGUGAGAGGUCGGCUCUUCCUGCUGUCGCCGCCGGCCUUGGGUUUUUCAUAACUUGCUUUGCAUGUUGUCAGCUGCUGUUCCUCUCGUCUGAGGCUGAAAACAACCGUAAUAAACUUAGAGUUUACAUCUGA